AUGGCGGACAGCGAGCUCGCUCCCAAGUUCGCCCCGUUCUUCUCCUUUCGAUGGGGACACGCAGCUGACAGCUUCACAGCGGCAGGAGCAGCUUACGGCACAGCGAAGUCCGGAAUUGGUAUUGCAGGUUCUCUCAUCCCCGUCGUCAUGUCCGGUAUCAUUGCAGUCUAUGGUCUCGUCGUCGCCGUUCUUAUCUCGCAAGCACUGAGUCCGACAAAUAACCUGAGCUUAUACACUUCGUUUAUGCAUCUCGCAGCUGGCCUGUCGGUCGGAUUGACCGGUAUCGCGGCCGGCUACACGAUUGGAAUUGUUGGUGAUGCAGGUGUUCGGGCUUACAUGCAACAAUCCCGUGUCUAUGUGGGCAUGAUCUUGAUUCUGAUUUUCGGCGAAGUUCUUGGUCUUUAUGGUUUGAUUGUUGGUCUCAUCCUGAACUCGAAGUCUUGA